AUGAGCUCAAUCCCUGUUAACAACGUAGAAGCUGUCCAGCGUAUUACACGACGCAUUGAUGCCAUUGGCGAGCGUGAUCCAGGCAUCGUCAUGGGGUUAUCAUGGUAUUAUAUCAAGCUCAUCCUACUUACGGGCUUUGGAUGGGCCAUGGACUCAAUGGAAACUUUCAUCUUUACGUAUUGUGCUGCUCUUAUCCGUGAGGACAUUCCACAAAGCUCACGUCAAGCUUCUUUUCUAGGUGGUGCUGUCUUUAUUGGGUCGUUCAUUGGAUCUUUUCCCUUUGGGACAUUGGCCGACAAAUACGGUCGUCGUCCUAUCUUUAUGGUCACACUUGUGCUCUUCCUUGGUGGUCUUGCCUUUUGUGCAUUGAGUUGGGAUGUCACCUCUAUCACAUGUGCACGCAUUAUCUCGGGCAUUGGUCUUGGUGGAGAGCUACCCGUUGCUUCGACACUCGUACAAGAGCUCUCUCCAAAGAAAACACGUGGUAAGAUUAUUGUCUUGCUCGAGUCUUUCUGGGCCAUUGGUUGCAUGGUCGCAGUUGUUAUGGCAUUUAGUGUCGCACCCAAGAUUGGUUGGCGUGAAACUUUCUUCAUCUGUUGUGCCCCCGUGCUAUAUGCGAUUGUUAUCCGUCUAUAUAUCCCCGAGUCCCCCAAGUGGCUUGCCAGUGUCGGUCGCUAUGACGAGGCCGUUGCUAUUGUCGAGUCCAUUGAGCAGGCCCAUGGUCUCGAUCCCUACGACCCCAAGACGGAGGAGAUUGAGCGAAACAUUGCAGUACAAUCAGCUGUUGAGCUCCCAGAUUCUCAUUUCAAACGCAUUGGCAUGUUGUUUGAGCACCAAUUCCGUGUACGCACGACUGUCCUUUGGACGCUUUGGUUCGGUCUGUCCAUGUCGUACUACGCCAUUUUUAUUUACUUGCCCACUUUGAUCUCUCUCAAGGGCUAUGACAUGAACAGUCAAUGGGAGACAAUCCUCAUCAUUACAGUCUUUCAACUUCCAGGCUACUUUGCUGCUGCGAGUCUUGUCGAGAUUAUUGGCCGAAAGCAAACGCUUGUCAUCUUUCUACUUGGUGCCUUUGUAUCUGCUAUUGUCAUGGGCUAUGUCGAUGCGACCAAGACGCCUGUGAUUGUAACUGGAUCGUUCACGUCCUUCUUUAUGCUUGGUGCAUGGGGUUGCGUGUACGCAUACACACCAGAGAACUAUCCGACAGCUAUCCGUGGCAUUGGUGCAGCAUAUCCCUCUGGUUUCAGCCGCAUUGGCUCUUUCAUCGGUCCGUACUUAUGUGCGUCCAUGUUUGGUGACUGGAACAUGUCUUUAGAGGGCAUUAUGUGGGUAUUUGGUGGACUACUAGUGGUGAUUUCGGCCCUUGUGUUGAUCUUUGGCUAUGAGCCUCGUGGGAAGAACGUUGAAUUGUACGAUGACAAUCACGCCAACAAGUCGAUGGUCUUUGAGGCCGUGCAAACGCCCACGUGA